ACAACAUUGAGGCCUCGCCCCACCGACUGCAUAUAAAUACGCAAACUCCACAGAAAGCACCUGAAAGCAUCGCAGACUGCGGGAACGAGGUCUGCACGGACUCAGUCAUGCUUUUUGCUGCGCUUCUUGUGCUGGGCGUCUGCCUGGUUCCUGCCCAUUCCACUCCCACAGGAGUGCAUCUCGGCACCUCUCUCCUUGAUCAGUGUUUUAAGGACGCAAAGGAAAUCGUCGAUGACGCAUACAAGUACUCCCGAGAAGAGAGUCUGAGACGAGUCCGCAGGGAGGUGGUGCGUCCUCACGAUGCUCUCCGUCUCCUGAAGCAGCCCCACGGUGACACGCGCUCGGCUGUGCGAUCCGCAGAUUACAUGUCGCAAACCCUGCGUCUGCUGCACGAGCGGAGCCAUCACGUGCACAAGCGCUCACUCAAUGCAACUGAUUUGCUCUCCCCGGAGGAUCUGAUGAGGCUCGCUGAAAUCACUGGAUGUGCAGCGCAAGUCCGAGUUCCAUCGUGCCGCACCACACAGAACCUCAACAAGUAUCGCACCGCCGGCAGCCUCUGCAACAACUUAAAUGCGCCUCGCCGCGGAGCCUCAAACACCCCCUUUACCCGCUGGCUACCUUCAGAGUAUGAAGAUGGCAUCUUUCUGCCAAAAGGUUGGACCCUAAAACAAAAGGUCAACAACUUCGUGCUCCCACUGGUACGACUGGUGUCCAACAACAUCCUGAGCACAACCGAUGCAGGCGUCGUCAACGACACGGAAUACACUCAUUUGGUGACCCUGUUCGGUCAGUGGAACGACCACGAUCUCACCUUCACGCCCUUCUCCCCCAGCAUCCGCUCCUUCAGCAGCGGGAUCAACUGCGACGACAGCUGUGAGCGGACCGAGCCGUGCGUCCCCAUUGCGAUUCCUCCCGGGGACCCCCGCUUGCCCACUGGCCCGGAAAGCUGCAUCCCUGCGUUCAGAUCCGCCCAGAUUUGCGGGACGGGAACCUCCGCCUACAAUUUUGGUGGAGUGCCCAACAAAAGGGAGCAGAUCAACACCCUAACGGCCUUCCUGGACCUCGGCCAGGUGUAUGGCUCAAAUGAGAAGCUUGCCAUGACGCUGCGCGACCUCGAAAGCGACGACGGCCUCCUGCGCGUCAACACGCAGUUCAGAGACAACAGGCGCGAGCUUCUGCCCUCCAGCCCAGUCAAGGCCAACAUGUGUGCCACUCGCAAAAGAAUCACCAACGACACAAACGCAGAAGAGGUGCCCUGUUUCCUUGCAGGUGAUGGCCGCGUGGACGAGAACAUCGCACUGACAUCCAUUCACACACUGUUUAUGCGCGAGCACAACCGCCUCGCUCGUGCACUGAAGAGAAUCAAUCCACAAUGGGACAGUGAGACACUCUACCAAGAGGCUCGCAAGAUCAACGGCGCCUAUACGCAGGUGUUUGUGUUCAGGGACUACCUGCCUCACAUUGUGGGUGACGAAGCAAUGCUCAGGCAGCUCGGCCGUUACCCCGGCUAUGACUCCAACGUGGACCCCAGCAUCGCCAACGUCUUUGCCACCGCGGCUUACCGCUUCGCCCAUUUGGCCAUCCAGCCGUUCUUGGCCCGUCUGGAUGAGAGGUACAAUGAGAGCCCUCGUUUCCCCAAUGUCCCCUUGUUCAAGGCCUUCUUCACACCCUGGAGGAUCGUCUACGAGGGUGGCAUCGACCCGCUGCUCCGUGGUCUGAUCCACCGUCCUGCUAAACUGAACACUCAGGAUCACAUGAUGGUGAACGCCCUCAGGGAGAGGCUGUUCCAGUUUGUUAUGCAUCUGGCUUUGGACCUGGGCUCUCUCAACAUGGAGAGGGGACGGGACCACGGCUUGCCUGGCUACAACGCAUGGCGCAGGUUCUGCGGCCUGUCUCAGCCGAAGAGUGAGGCGGAGCUCGCUCAGGUCAUGAACAACAGAGACCUGGCUCGCAGGCUGCUUCAGCUCUACGGCACGGCUGACAACAUCGACAUCUGGAUGGGUGGAGUCGCCGAACCGUUUGUCCGUGGUGGCCGCGUGGGGCCGCUGUUCUCUUGCCUCAUCGCAACACAGUUCCAAAGGAUCCGUCAGGGUGACAGGCUGUGGCACGAGAACGAGGGCGUCUUCACCACAGCUCAGAGAGCUGCUCUGGCCAGGGUCUCCUUUUCCAAGGUCAUCUGUGACAACACUGGCAUCACCUCAGUUCCCACUGACCCCUUUAGAGUCACCUCUGACAGUAACCGGCUCGUCCCCUGCUCCAGUCUCCCAAGCCUGAACCUUGCAGCAUGGAGAGAAAGAUCAUGCACAGGCCCGGGUGGUAGCUGUAAAGUCGGUGACUCAGAGACUGUGAACAAAGUACCAGAGGAGGCCCAGCUGGACCCCCAGGCCCUCAAGGCCCUCCUGGACAACAAGGUCCAAUAGGACCCCGAGGCUUUCCUGGGAAGAUGAUAAUCAAUCCCAAUGCUACACAACUGCAAUCUGCCUUCUCUGUCCGUCUGGGCGAGUACAGCCCAUCCGCAAAUAAAAUAAUUACUUUCCAUGAAGUGAUCUACAACAAACAGAACCUCUACAGCCCAACAACGGGCCGGUUUACGUGCCUCAUCCCCGGGGUCUAUCAGUUCAACUUUCUUAUCAUAUCCUCGGUCAGUGUGGGUGACGUGGACCUGAUGGUCAACACAAAGAUGGUGCUGCGCGGUUUCAAGGUUUUCCAGGGAGGUAACCACUUGUCGUCAGGUGACACGGUGCUCGAGCUGAAGGCGGGGGACAGCGUGUGGCUAGAGGCCAGCAAGGGAACAGUCGGCCUGAGCACCAGUAGCUACAUCUCAGGACACCUGGUCUUUGCCGAGUGAGACAAACGCUCACCAGACCAAACCCCAUCUGCACUGAUCUUCAAAUUACAUUAUUUUAUCUAUUUGCUUACUUUUCUACCUUGCGUCCUACAACUGUAGGUUCUAACAAAUAUUUGAUAUAAACGUGCUGCGUGCUAAACAUGAUUUUUUAUGAACUCUGUCAAACCGUUACAUCUGUUGGACCAACAUUAAUUUUAGUGAUGUUAUGAAGUUUGGCAUUGGGAAUGUUUUGUCCUUUCAUAUUUCCUGUUCUAUGAAUAAAUGUUUUACCCUGA